GAUGCACAUGUUCGCUUCCCUUAGCCUCCGACCCGCAGCCAAUCAGGAAACGCUCCGCUCCCGUGACUCCCGGACUUUCCCUCUGUCAUAUAAGAUUUGAGUUCCUCUUCUCCUACGGUAGUUUUGUCCGAUCGACUUCAUAAUUCUUUUUUAGUUUCAGAUUUUACCUGCAUUUUCGCAGACAUGCUUUUAAUACGGAGACUACUCGUCGUGCUUCUAUUCAGUGUGGCAGCGACCUUCGCCUCAGCCGACAAAAUGACAGCAGCCACAGUAUACUGGGACGCCCAACACAAGAUAGUCCAGGUGAAGGAGGGAGUGCUGGAGACAGAGGGGGAUGCUUAUGGCUACCUGAAUGAUACUCUGUCCAGUACGGGCUGGAGCAUCCUAGAGAUCCGUGCCGGAUACGGAAGGACCCCUGAGACUGAUGAGGUUACUUUCUUCCUGGCUGGCUUCCUCGAAGGCUUCCUCACUGCCCAGCAGAUGAUGGACCACUACGCCAACAUGUAUCCGCAGCUGAUCCCCGACAAGGAGACCCUUGACUUGGUUCAGAGUUUCAUGAUGAAGCAGGACUCGUGGGUCAGACAACAGGUGAGACAGAACAAGAGCUCCGAUCCUCUGUGGAGACAUGUAGGCUUCAUCGUGGCCCAGAUGGACGGACUGCAGGCAGGAGUGGCAGACUGGGCUAAGAAACAUGGAAAGAAGCCAAUGUCGCUGUUUGAAAUCCAGUUCCUGAACUCAGUGGGAGACCUGCUGGACCUGAUCCCAGCGCUGGUCCCCAGCUCCAAUUCUCCACUCAGAGACUUCAAACUUCCAGGGAUGGGACACUGCUCCGCGCUCAUCAAGAUGCUGCCAGGCUUCGAGAACCUCCUGUUUGCCCACUCCAGCUGGUACACCUACGCUGCUACGAUGCGGAUUUACAAACACUGGGAUUUUCGCAUCACCGAGCCGCACACUGCCACUGCGAAACUUUCCUUCAGCAGCUACCCUGGUUUCCUUGUGUCUCUGGACGACUUCUACCUGUUGGGCAGCGGUCUGAUGAUGACCCAGACCACCAAUAAUGUCUUCAACUCCUCCCUGUUUCACCAAGUCACCCCAAACAGCCUAUUUGCUUGGCAGAGGGUCCGGCUGGCACACAGUUUGGCCCGUACUGGAGAAGAGUGGGCCAAAACCUUCGCCAUGCACAACUCCGGUACCUACAACAACCAGUACAUGGUUCUGGACAGGAGCAAAGUGAAACUGGGCCACAGUAUCGACGAUGGUGCUCUGACUGUGGUGGAGCAGAUCCCCGGCUUGGUGGAAUACUCCGACCAGACGCAGGCUCUGCGUAGAGGUUACUGGCCAUCCUACAACAUUCCCUUCCACCAGAAGAUUUACAUGCUGAGUGGUUACGGAGAAAUGUGGAAGGAGUAUGGAGAGGACUUCUCCUACGAUCUCUGUCCCAGAGCCAAGAUCUUCCGCCGUGACCAGGCUGCCGUCAAGGACCUGGACUCCUUGAAGCGCAUCAUGAGGUUUAACGAGUACAGGAAGGAUCCGUACUCGAAGGGCGACCCCUGCAAGACCAUCUGCUGCCGUAACGACCUGAGAGAUGAGAAGCCUUCACCAGGAGGCUGCUAUGACACCAAGGUGACAGAUUUCCACAUGGCUGGGGACUUGCUUGCGGAGGCGGUGAACGGGCCCACGACACAGGACGGACUCCCGCCGUUCUUCUGGAAACAGUUCAGCAACAUCAGCCACCAGGGCCUGCCGCAGUACUACAACUUCACCUUCGUCAAGAUGCACCCUCGUCUCUUCCAACCAUGAGGCGUGUGUGUGUGUUCGUGUGACUGUGAAUGUGCGUGAGAUGCUUUCAGAGAAAUGAAUGUCCGGGCUCACAGGUACAAUCUGAUGUUUUAUACGCCCAUUUACAAAGAAUUUUGACCCGCAGGACGACACGAGGGUCAAAUAAGCAUUUACGCACAUAUUUUACUCAGGGUGUAGUGAAUGAUUUCUGUGGGAUUAAAGCAGGAACUGUGCAGCCGUGUGUGCCUUGAACACUGAUAGUAACUUUAGGAUUUGAUAAAAUGUCAAAUCAAUGCACUAAAUCAGUGUUUGCACCAUCUUAAAUACUAUUUUUUUCCUCUUAACUUUUUAAAUGAUUAAAUAUCCUCGAAAGUGCAAAACAUUGUUUGAACAGUAAAUCAAAAACAAUCAGUGCAAUGUCCUUCUCAGGGCUCUUUUAUCUUUUCUGCUCAUGCAUGUGCAUCAGUUUCUUGUACUGUGCAAAAUAAGAAUAUCUCAGGUUUGUAUUUUUGCAUGAGCCUGUGUGCUGUCUUUAUUUCCAGUUGGAUAAUAAAGUUUUACAUUUGUACCAGCA